UGUAAUCCUACAUAAAAUAAAAGAUAAAGUGCCGACGCUGGUAUAAACCCUCAGAUUAUUCUCAACUAUAAUUCACUACAAAGAAAACCUUAUCCUAAGAGCCUCCAUUUGUAUGUACUUGUGUUCUGUAUAUUUCAUAUUAUUUUUUAUGUUGAGUCAAAGAUAGAAAUUCAAAUUCCCACCUUUUCCUAUAUAUAAAGCCCCCUAGUCCAACAACCUCCUAGAAAGAAUCACAAUCUUAAACUCACAAUUAACCCUGCCAAAACUAUGUCCAUAUCCAUACCCACUCAAGUUCUUCCAGGUUUGCUCGGAGAAUUCCACUGUAGAAGGUUGCUGCUUACACCAACUACAGCAUCUCCUCCAAGCCCUGAGAUCCACCACAAUUCUUCGGAUCUGUACACCCGUAAUAACAGCUUCGAUGCCAACAUUGUUAUGGUUCUAUCAGUACUCUUGUGUGCCCUUAUUUGCUCACUUGGACUCAAUUCCAUCAUCAGGUGUGCAUUAAGGUGCUCGAGUUUAGUAGCCUCAGAAUCUGGAGCCACCACCUCUAGUCGGUUAGCAAACAAAGGGGUCAAGAGAAAAGCCUUGAAGACCUUUCCAACAGUAAACUACUCUGCGGACUUGAAGCUGCCCGGCUUGGACUCUGAGUGCAUCAUAUGUCUAUCCGAUUUUACAGCAGGUGACCGCGUGCGACUUCUACCAAAGUGCAACCAUGGGUUCCAUGUCCGGUGCAUUGAUAAGUGGCUAAGCGCCCAUUCAUCUUGCCCCAAAUGCAGGCACUGCCUGGUCGACACAUGCCAAAAGAUUGUUGGGUGUACUCAGGCAAGUUCGUCGGAACCUCCUCCGGUGCAAGAAACCAUAUUGUCUAUAAUAACUCCGGUAGAUCGCGAAGGUUUCAUACAUAGCUAUAGGUGAAUUAGCUUAGUAGUUAUUCUUUGCUUUUCUUUCUUUCACUCUUUUUUUUAAUUGUAUCAUAUGCAAGCCAAAAUUUAGCUCUUUGCCUUGAAAAUUAGCAUUAGAAGGCUACAAGCUAGAAUACCAUUUUAUGUGAAGUUGUGAAAUUCGUUCCUUGUUUUUA